AUGUCGACUUUGGGCAGACGAACACCGGGACCAGAAGGAAAGAAAAAAGAGAGUUUUGUGGACAAAUUGACUGGAACAUUGUCAAGAAAAAACAAAAAAGCAAGUGGAGAAGAUGAACAUUUGGAUGAUAAUGAGGUUUUGGAGGUGAGCUGAAUUUUGAUUAAUAAAAAAAUAAUUUAAAAAAAAUUCAGCUCGAAUUGGAAGGACGCCAAGCUUUGGAUUCAUCGUUAAUUCCAACUUUGGCUAAAAAUAUUUGGCUUGAAGAAGGUGAGUUUUUGAAAUGAUUUUUAGAUACAGUAAUCUAAAGUUUAAACUUUCCUAAUAAAUCCAAAAUUUUUCGAACGAGAGUAUCUGAUUAAAAAAUGAGUAGAAAUUUUUCAAAAUUAAUUAUUUUUAGUAUUUCAUAAAGUUUCUGGACUUAUGUUCAAGAUCAGAAAAAUUCAAAAUUCUUCAACUUUUAUUUGGGAUACCCAAAAAAAAUCAGCAAUAAUCUACUUUUCAGAAAAAAAGUCCAAUUUAGUUUUUUUUAUUGUGCCACAUUAAUCAACUUACAUACUGUAGGCCAAAUCAAACUUCCCAUGCACCACAUAAAAUUAGUCCCAAUUUCUAGGCGAAACCCGUCGAUACCUCACCAAAGAAACCGCCCGUGAUCCAAAAAUCGGUCAAGUUGUCGAUCUUUUGAUUUAUUGGCUCAAUGAAGAAUUGGCUGAUCAACGAAUUGUCGUUCGACAUAUUCAAGAAGAUAUGUAUGAUGGACAAAUUAUCCAAAAAUUGUUGGAAAAAUUGGAACAAAUUAGAAUUGAAGUUCCGGAAGUGUCACAAUCUGAAGAAGGACAACGACAAAAACUCCAAAUUGUUAUCCAAACUGCAAAUCGAGUUAUUAAUCAACAACAAAAUGAGCACAAAUGGACUGCUGAAUUGGUUCAUGAAAAGGAUAUCACUGCAAUUCUUCAACUUCUUGUUGCUCUUGCUCUUCAUUACCGUGCUCCAGUUCGUUUUCCAGACAAUGUAGUUGCAAAUGUUGUUGUCGCUGAAAAAGAGCACGGACAAAUUAAAACUCAUCGAAUUACUGAACAAAUUACGACUGUACAAACUGAAUUGGCGCCAAAAGGAGAACGUGAUGCUUUUGACACACUUUUUGAUUAUGGACCGGAUAAAUUGGCACAUGUUAAAACCUCUCUUCUCGCGUUUUGCAAUAAACAUUUGAACAAGAUAAAUCUCGAAGUUUCGGAUUUGGAUCAUCAAUUCCAAGAUGGUGUCUUUUUGGUGCUAUUAGUCGGAUUAUUGGAAGGAUAUUUUGUGCCGCUUUAUCAUUUCAAUUUGCAGGUUUGUAGAGAAAAAAUUAUUCCAAAAACCCGAAAAAAGUUGUGACGUGACAAAAUUUGCGAAAAAAUUAAAUUAUUUUUUUUAGGGCUGCACGAUGGGGCGUGGGGGCGGCCCCCUCGCCCCGCCACGCUUUUGCCCCCUCGCCCCUUUGCCCCCUCGCCUCUUUGCCCCCUCGCCCCAUUUUCGCCCCUUCGCCCCGUCGCCCCUCGCCCCCGUUUGUAACUGUGUGCGCGCUUCUAUCUUCUUUCAUUUCUUCACCACACACAGUUACAAGCGGGGGCGAGGGGGCGACGGGGCGAAGGGGCGACGGGGCGAGGGGGCAACGGGGCGAGGGGGCAAAGAGGCGAGGGGGCGAAGGGGCGAGGGGGCAAGCGAUUUUUUGCACGGUGUUUCAUCGCGGGGUGCCCCACGUGCAGCCCUAAUUUUUUUUUCAAUUCGGUGUUCUCAGAAUUGAUCAGGAAGUCACGUUCAGAAAUUUCCGUAUAAUUUUGAAAUUUUUCUGACCUUUCCUUUUAAUUUUUACUCCGAAAUCCUUGCAAUUUUUUUCAGGUUCAAAAUCACGAAGAAAAAGUGAAAAAUGUACAAUUCGCUUUCAAACUAAUGGAAGAUGCUGGACUUCAAAAACCAAGAAGUCGAGUUCAAGAUAUUGCCAACGGCGAUGUUAAAAGUACCCUUCGACUUCUUCAUCUCCUUUUCACCAAAUAUAAACAUAUUUAA